GUUGUCUCGUAAUAAUCUCGCCAUUAAACCCACGAGCUCUCCGAUCCAUUAUUGUACUGCGGGGUUCUUCCAGCAGCCUCGCUACUAAUAAAACGCCACAGGCCGGCCUUCUCUCCGGCAGAGCCAGGUUUCACGUCAGUUUUUGCAUGGUGAGUCACCGCCAGCAUCUCCCCGACCGUAGCUAGGUAGUGAAGGUCGACGGUGGUCAGGAAUGGGCUCGAAGCACCAGCUCGCGCUCCGGCCGGCCUCUGCUGAAACAGGCUGCGGCGGCGGUGGCGAUGGCAGGGUGGCGUCGGUGAGGGAGCGGUCGAGCGUGACGAACGCGUCCUUCAGGGUGUACUACAGCCUGCGCGCCGGCGCCGUGCCGUUCCUCUGGGAGUCCGCGCCCGGCACCCCUAAGAGGAGCGUGGCCGCCGUCUCCCCGGAGUCGCCCCUCCCCACCAGUACAACAGCGACUGGUGGUCUUCCGCCCCUCUCGCCGCCGCCGUCGUGCCAGUCCCCGUUCCAGCGGAAGGAGAGGAGGUCGCCGUGGACUCCGGCGGUGGGAGGCUUCGUGAGGGCGCUGCUCGGUGUGCUUGGGCUCAGGAAAAGCCACCGCCGGCGUCCCGCCUAGUCGUCGUGUCUUUAAACUGCCGACGUUGCAACUUGUGUGUUUGUAGUAGGUUACAUGCUGGCGCCAUCAUUGAACUAACACAGACGGUUAGUUAUGAACACAUGUUUAAAACAAAUUGGUGUUCAUGCAUAAUUAAUUCACUUGUAGGUACAUGUGGUGUGGUACGAGCGGAUCACUUUUGCUCUGUUUUUCUUUAAAACAAUUCGCUUCUGCUUUACAUCUAAUCCUUGUGUAGGUUUUCUGUCGUCUCCAACUGUUCGUCAAUAAUUCCUCCCCGAUAGGGUACUCCAAUAUCAUCUUUUGAUUAUUGGAGAGGGUUUUUUGAAACACAAAGCAAAAGCAAAACCCUUGGCUGGUACCGCGCAAGGCCGCGGCGACGCCACCUCUCCCUCACCGCUCGCGAGGAAGCACUUGGCAAGCGGGUAUCGCCUCUGCUAAUGGAUGGGGA